ACGAACGGCAUUGCAGGUAAAUCGGGACGCGUUUGUCAACACCAUUUUUUCUGCUUUCAUUAACAUGUGCGAGAAAUGAAGCAGACUCGGUAGGACACGGUAACGCCGCGCUAGUCUGAGUUUUUUUGGGGGGUGAAAAAGACGAACGCAGGCUGAAAAACCCCACCGCAUUUUGGGCCAGAAGAAGCUGCCGUUGUGUCGCUGCUUUGUGGGCAGCACGCGCUUUUCUUCUCUGAGGAACUUCGAAAGCUGUGUAUUUUUUUUUUUUUUUUUUUUAAAUCCUGAAACCCAAUCUAACAAAGGAUGAAAUCUGUCAAAAGAGUGUGUGAAGAGGAGCACAGUGGAGAGAUGGAGUUUUCUGCCAUGUCAGACAGCGAUCCCUGUGAGGAUGAAGCUUAUCCACUCAAUCUUUCCACUGGUGCCCGUGGAGCUUCUGCUAAGCGUCGCCGCCGGGGGAACCUGCCUAAAGAGUCGGUUCAGAUUCUGAGGAGCUGGCUAUAUGAGCAUCGUUUUAACGCCUAUCCUUCUGAGCAGGAGAAGCUUAGUCUGUCAGGACAGACUAAUCUCUCCAUUUCGCAGAUCUGUAACUGGUUUAUCAAUGCACGGCGACGGCUGCUCCCUGACCUGCUUAGGAAGGAUGGAAAGGACCCGACUCAGUUCACAAUCUCCCGCCGUGCCAGCAAAUCAGACAGCCGAUCAGUUGGGUCUGCCUCCCCAGACCACUCUACCCCUCCACUGGUCCCUGCAUCCCGCCCCUCUGUCAUUCGCCCUGCCCCCACAUUGGACCUGAGCAUGCUAGGUAAUACAGCAACUGCCAUCUUGACCGGGGCUGGCUGUUUAGUGGGGUCAGGGUUAACAGGCCAAGACUGUGGUGUCCAGACCCUCAUGCAGGUGGAUACUCGUGGCCUGAUCAAGAAAGAAAGUGUGAAUGGACCUCCUAGUCUAACUACUAUUCCAGGGUCUUCUUCCAGCAGUCCAAGCCUGGGAACGAUGAGUCCUACUGUGGUGCUGUUCAACACCCCGCCCCCUACACCCCCAGAGCUCUGCCCACAUGACUUCAGCGACCUCAAGCUGCUCGUAGAUGCAGCUCUACAGAGAGCAGCGGAGCAAGAAAACCAGAGACAGAAGGAGCAACCUUCAACUAGAGUGCCCUGUUCUGUUCCUGUGUCUGUUUCAGCAGCAGAAGCUCUCAUUAGGAAGACAGAGCAGGAAAAGAGCCAUGAAAACCUCAACUCCAGCAGCAAACCUGACUCUACUCCAAGCUUGCAGGAGAAGGCCGUUCUCCCCGUCUCUGUGCCUGCGUUAAAUGCUUCUGCUCUUCCUGCCAGUGAAGCAGGCGUUAACCUGCCAGUAGGUCCACACAGAGUUGCUGGAGCAGUGAAUUUUCAGCCAAAAGAUGUGUGGAGCAUGCUAAGACCAGCGAGUCCACCUCCAACCAGUGUCUCACACACCUGGAGCUCACAGCACACGCUCCACGCUGUCCGAGAAGCAGUCAACUGAGAAAUGAGAGAAUCAAAAUGGCAGGUGUAUGCAUUUAUGAAGGACAAAAAGCAACAGCUGAGAAAAGGACAUUCCACACACCCAAGACGUGAAUGCGACACUCCUUUGUUCCAGGUUCUUGUUUGGCCGAGCUUGUCCGUGACACUUUUUUCCCUUUUUUUUUUUUUUUUUUUUGGGGACAUGCGAGAAGAUGGACAGUUAUAUGGCCACAAUGUCACCCUCUCCUUGACAAUCUCCAGUUGUCAUGGAUGUGAUUGGACGGUUGCCAGACGACCAACCAGAAGGUCAUGCGACAUUUCGCCUGAUUGGUUCAGAUAAUCUGUUUGUAUGUCAUACACUAAGUUUACCUUUUAUUGACACAAAGGAUGUGUUUUUAAAGCAGCAAGUCUUUUAAAACUUUUAAAAGACCUUUCUGUCAUUUUCACUACAUUUAUUUUGGGUCCUCUUAACCAUUUCAGCACGACGGUUAUUGAGAAUGUAUGAUGAGGCUCGACUUAAAAGGGAAGCAAAUCUCAUGGGCUUACAAUCCUGAACAGGGCAUUUUCAGGUUUGCCACGAAUGGGGAACUUUCCACACAAACCCUGGCAGAGUUGUGAUGUUUCUCAGUGUUAUGUAUCUAACUGAUAGGCAAGACAUGUAUUUUUUUUUUUUUUUGCUUUUAGGACUGCCGUUAGAAGUUACACAAGUGGCCUUGGUCUGUUUUUGCCUUAGAUAUUUUGGUUAAAGUAGGGGUAGGCGAUUAUGGCAAAAACAUCAUAUCACAAUACUUGAUGUUUACUUACACAAUACAUGAUUUUUGGUUUAGCUGAAGUUCAGUUUGAAACGCAGUACACUAGUGAAACAGCACACCCACGUUAAUCUCAGAAGAGUGAAUUCUGAUAUGAUGUAACAUAAGACCGAGCGGAUUUUGAUGCUGUUCUUGCCUGCAUGUUCCAGUGUCCCGGUUUAGGGCUAGAUAAGUAGACUAUAAUGUAGCAUGGCUAAAUAACGUUGUACAUGACUCUUGAAUGCUCGUUGUGCACCAGCAUGCGAUGUUGAAUGAAAUGCUGGUGGGUUGGAUGUCAGUGUGCAAACAGGGACUUGGACUUAAUCCUGCUGAGUCUAGGAGCUACACUUUUUUUGGUUUGAAAACCCCUGGCAUGCUGCAGCCUUGUUUGUUUGAUACCUCAUUCCAGUGGCCUGAAACCACUGCAAAUGGGACCACGACUUCCAAAUAUCAUCUUUCUUUUCUGUUUUUGUGUGGUCACUCAUACAUUCUGCACUUUAUUUCUAAGUCUGUAUGUCGCCAGUACUUCAAAACCUUAAAUUUUUUUUGGGGGGGGUAUUAUUCAAAUUUUGUUUUGCCUCCUUGAGCACAGUGUCUGUGGUAAGGUUGUAAGGAUGAGGGAGAGGAGAUGGAUGCUUGGGGAAAUUGAUUGCACUGCAGAGAGCAUAGCUCAGCCUGAUCGUUCCUCUGCAGUGACAUGGCGUGAGACAGCUGCAGAGCCGCCACUGAUUUCCUGAGGGACGCUCCUUCCUAUCCCAGACAAGCUUUAAGUUUUGGUUUUUUUUUUUAAUUAAAUGUGGAGCGUUUAUGGCGCUUUAGGGGUGCAAAGUGUUGAGCAUUUCCAUAGAUGUCACAAACUCGUUUGUGUGCGCGUGCACAUCAGACAGGCAGAUAGUGUGAGAGAGCAGAAUUAAGGUAUAUGUUACAUGGAUCGAUGUGGGGAAAGUGAGAGAAGACACGAUCAGUUUUAUCUUUCAGAUUCACCAGUAGUGUGUUCAUAUCCUUAUUGGCUCAUACUAUUAGCUUGUUCUUGGAUUUAAACUUUAUUUCAUGAGCUGAGGAAUACUGUAAAGCAUCUUUCGUAAUGCUGGUAUAAAAAGGUGCACAGCUGUCUUCACUAUAGCAAAGAAGGUGGGUAUAAUAGCCUUGUUGACAUGGGAUCAAUUUCAGCGCAGGAUUGUGUGCCUGUGAAUGUGAAAGAUCGCUGUAUUAGGGUGCUGGCAUUUCUUUUAGUUUAAACUUUGGAGCAUUAUAAGAGGUUUUCUUUUUCUUUCUAUUCAUGUUUGUUUCUCAUUAUGUACGUUAUUGAUUUUAUUGUAACUGUUGUCACACCGUUUGUGUGUUACGGUCCACGUUUCUUUCCAUGCCCAAGUUCCAUGAAACGGUGAUGUACCAUUUUCAUUUUUUUUUUUAACCUUAUAGCUUUGUGCCUGAAUGAGUUGUAGUCACUGUAUUCAAUGCACACCGUUCUAGUUUACCUCCAGUGGUGCCAUUCUCCCCCUCCAGUUGUUUUAUCAGCAGUUAACUUAUGUAUUUGUGAAAAUGCUAAAAUUUUGCAGACAUCUAAGGGCCCCCCCCUCUCUUUAUGGUCACGGUUCUGUUUCAAGUAAGGUGGCAUCUAAUCAUGACUGUGUCCUGUUUUGGAGGUCAGCCCUUAUGUUCUGUAAUAUUGUAAAAUUUCUUUUGUUUUCUGCAUUGCAUUCAGUCUCAGGUUAAGUCAGUCAUUCCUCCUUUUAGUAUAGAUUUUAGCCACUGGUGAGAAAACCAAGAGUAUUAGAGAUCAGUAAUGUGCUUUAGACCAGUGUUUUGACAUGCUUGUAUGUCCAGCUUUGGUUUUCUGGAAAUGAGAAAUUGGCAUAGACGAUAACUAGGUGUUAAGACCAGUGUACCACUACAUGAAAAACCACUGUGAGUUUUCUGUUAGUUACUGGGUUCCUGGAACAAUAAUGGGUACUGGAUGUAUACGUAUAUUUUUCAGAGAUGCUAUAUUUUUUCACUUCGGUAGAAUGACUGAUGUUGAUAUUCUAGAUACCGUGUCUAUUUAGUUGAGAAGGGGUCUUGUAGAUAUAAAGCGCAUGUCUAUUGGGUCUGGUUUUUAUGUAUAAUACAUGUGUAGCUGUCUCUCUCUAUAUAUAUGACCAAAUACUUUAAAGAUGGAUAUGAAUGGUUUUUUGUUUUCUUACAUUUCCUAUCAGUGUAUCAAGUUAAAAAAAAAAAAAAGUAUGGACAGUGAACUUGGCAUUUGUGCCUUACCUGAGAACAAGAGAAUCUUCCCAGCUUUUCUAGAAAUCUUUGGACUAGUCUGUGCAAUAUCUGCCUUAAACUUGUGAUGUGUCCUCCUUCCUUUUGUACAUUUCAGAGAAAUAAAGUACAGUUUUCAUACAA